AUGGGCAUCCACCAGUUCCAGCGCUUUUCCAAUUAUCAGGCCACAUUCGCCUUCUGCUGGGACAAAGAGUCUGACGUGUACAAGGUGGUUAGAAUCAUUUCGAAGAAAUGCGAAGAAACCUUGGCCGAGGUCUGGUCCUCGGAUAUUAAAUCCUGGGAGGAGAUUGAUCUCACCAACCACCCUUCUUUCUAUCACCCCUCACACCAUGUUAACGCGGUCCCAGCCACCACCUGCAAUGUGUUUGUCGGGAAUUCCCCCCACUGGGCUGUCAUCGAUUAUUAUGGGAAUCCCUUUAUCAUGUCAUUUGAUGUCAAAGCCAACAAGCUGAAGAGAUCCUAUUUCCCAUCUCAACUAUCUUCUCACCGGGAAAAAGUCGCUGAGGGAAUUAACUGUGGGCUUCCUGAUCUUAUUGUUACAAACUGGAUGGGGAAAUUGGCGGUGCUCGAUGCUGUGGAUUAUCUUUCUGCUGAUGAUGAGUAUGAGAAACUGGCCAAGGCUCUUUCUGCUACAGAGAGGGAGACGAUUAUAUACUGGUUGUGGACGAUGGAAGCGAAUGGUCAUUGGAUUCGUUCAUGUCUGUUUUCUUUUGGGUUUAUGUUCAAUUAUUGCCUGAACUCCGUGGGGGGAGGGAAAUUUAUGCUGGUGGACAGGUAUUCAGAUAUAGCAUUUUACGACAUUGUGGAGAGACGAGUUAUUAGGACUUAUGGAGUUCCCGAGGAAAUUCCCUGUAUAUCUUUGGGCUUUGACUUUGUCGGGAGCUUAGUGUCGAUUGAGGGGUUUGAGCCCAUUGGGAACAAUUUUAGCAAAUUGAUGACUCUCACCUGGCCAAGUCAUGUGCAGAUGAGCGUGAACGAGGAUAAACACGGGGAUAAACACUGCAAACAACUCUUUAUGAUUUCGGGAAAAGGUAAAUUCUGUGAGGAUGCAAUGGAACGUGAUCCUGAAGA